GCGACUACGAAUGGUACGUCGGAGUCAUGGAAGAGCGCUCGCUCUACGGAGAGACCGCCUACAUGCCCUCGGGCAUUCCGGUCAUCAUCGUGUUCUUGUGGUUCGCGUCCUACAUGUUCCUGGUGUUCUUGGUGCUGCUCAACGUUCUGUUGGCCAUUAUCAUCAAACAUCAGACAGAGGUGGACUCCCGGCUGGGGAAGGAGGCCAAGGCCGAGGUCCCCACGAUCUGGAAGCAGGUG